AUGCCCACGAUCAAGAUUGCGCCGAGUGUGCUCGCGUCCGAUCUGGGCAACCUGAACCAUGAGUGCCAACGGAUGAUGGACAGUGGAGCCGACUGGCUUCAUAUGGGUGUGUUUCCCCCCGCUGAUGCAGACAUUAUGGACGGGCAUUUCGUGCCCAACAUUGUGCUGGGUGCGCCGGUGCUCAAGUCGGUGUACAAGGCGCUGCCGCAUAUCUUUAUGGACUGCCAUAUGAUGGUGUCUGAGCCUGCAAAGUGGAUCAAAGACAUUGCGGACGCGGGUGGCAAAUCGUAUACCUUCCACCUCGAGGCGACGGACGACCCCCUCGAUGUCAUUCGCCAGAUCAAGACGGCCAAUAUGCGUGCAUCGAUUGCGAUCAACCCCGGCACGCCCGCGAACGAGAUCUCGGACGAGAUCGGCAAGGCGGUCGACAUGAUCCUCGUCAUGACCGUGUGGCCCGGCGCAGGCGGCCAAAAGUUUAUGAAAGAGUGCAUGCCCAAGGUCGCCGAGCUCCGUGCGCGUUUCCCGGAGCUAGACGUGGAAGUCGACGGCGGCGUCGGGCCCAAGACGAUCGACCGCUGUGCGGACGCCGGCGCGAACGUGAUCGUGGCCGGCACCGCCGUGUUUAACCACUCAGACCCCAAGGCCGUGAUUGCUUUUCUGCGCAAGCAGUGCGAGCGGGCCCAGGAACGCAUCCGCGACGAGCGCGAGCGCAUCGCCAAGGGCGAGUCGAUCGAGGAGGUGGACAAAAGCAAGGGCAAGUUUGGCGCGAGCAUCACCAUGCAGCCCAUCCACUAG